AUGGAAGAAAUUACAAGUCUAGUUGAAAAAUUACUUUCCAAGAAAAAAUCAGGACGCCUUCCAAACAAAUUUAUUUUAUAUAGAACAUUUUAUGUUAAAUAUUUAAAAGAAAACAAUAUUCAUAUACCUAUGAACCAAGUGAGCAAGAUUGUAAGCCUUUCGUGGAAAAGCGAACCCUAUCACGUGAAGGAAACCUAUACUAAAAUUUCCAAUGAAAUUGAAGAGUUGUAUAAUCAAAUGGUUGGAACGAAUCAUCUCAUGAAAAAUCAAUCGUCUCUCGAUGAGCAUCUCUCAACCACGUCUCAGCUUCCUAUAGAUGAAUUUGAUUUCUCUAAUGAAUCAUAUUCAAAUCCUUUCGUUACAAUUUUAUCCUAUCCUUCUUAUCCUUUAGGAGAAUCGCUUUUUAAUCCUCCUUUCGUGUUAAUUCCACCUUACCCACCUUAUCCUUUAUAUAAUCAACUUUAUCAAGAGGAAUAUACAAAUAUUCCAACUUUCUAUAUGAAUGAUGAAGUUGAUAAUUUUACGUUUGACAUUUUGAAUGAAACAUCGAGUGCUGAAAACGAGAUCAGCAACCAGCAAUUAUUGUCUUUGCAUAGUUUUUAUCAAUAG